CGUCGCUCGAAUCAGCUGUCGCACUCGGCGCUCGCCGCUCUCGCUCGUUUCCUCGUAGCGUGGCGUGGACGCGUACGCACGGGCGCAAUCGUCUCGUCUGCUGCGACUGCUCCGCUUCCCGCUGUGUCGCCGUCAGUCCGACGGCAAUCAUGGCCAGCGUCGACGAGGCUCCCGCGGACCUGCUCAACAAUUUGUCCGAGCUCAUCGGCGCGCCAGCUGCCGCUGUUCGCCUCCUGCUCUCCAUCUUGCUGGGCUUCCCUCUCGCGCUCAUUCACAGACAUACGCUGUACGGCAAGAGUCCGACGCACCAGCACUUCUACUUUGUCGCUUGUGGCCUCCUCAUCGGAUUUUGGAAUUAUGAAUGGAACAUACUGCAUUCAGCGUACGCACUACUCGGCACUUAUGCCGCCUUCAAAGUAUUGGGUCGCACGACCACAUCGGUGCUCACGGUAUUUCUUUUCAACAUGGUGUAUCUGCUCUGGGGCUAUUAUACAACGGCAACUAAAGACUACGAUAUCAAGUGGACCAUGCCUCAAUGCGUCCUGACUCUGAGAUUGAUCGGAUUGGCUUUUGAUUUAGUAGACGGGAAACAGCCUGAUGAUAAAUUGUCAUCUACUCAAAAAACGACGGCACUACGCGAAGAUCCAUCGCUACUCGAGAUGGCAGCGUACGUCUACUUUCCUGGUUCGUUUUUAAUUGGGCCACAAUUCAGUAUGAAACGGUACCUGGAUUACGUUAAUGGCAAGCUGAUGGAUCACGAAAGAGACAGCGAAGGCAAUAUCAAGCCACCCGAUUCCAUAAUACCGGGAAUCACGAGAGCUCUAGUCGGAUUUGUUUACGUAGCAUUGUAUCAACUCGGUACUCAAUACGUAUCUGAUCAGUACUUGCUAGAACCUGAGUUUGACGAUCAAAGUUUCGUCAAACGCUGGUUGCUUCUCGGACUUUGGGGACGAUGCAAUCUCUACAAGUAUAUUAGUUGUUGGUUGAUCACAGAAGGAGUUUGUAUCGUUUUUGGUCUCACGUACAAUGGUAAAGACAAAGACGGCACAGUGAGAUGGGACGGCUUGGCCAACGUGAACCUGUUACUAUUUGAGAACGCAACCGAAUUCAAUCACUACAUUCUAUCUUUCAAUAUCAACACCAAUCAUUGGUGUGCGGAAUACAUUUACAAGCGAGUCAAAUUCCUCGGCUCGAAGCUCUACAGCCAAAUCGUUACUUUGGUCUUCCUUUCCAUCUGGCAUGGUCUUCACAGCGGUUACUACCUCUGCUUCUUCCAGGAGUUUAUAGUCAUGUACAUGGAAAAAGACAUGAAACCAGUGCUGCUAAAGAACGCGCGUCUUCAGAAGGCCGUGCGGAGCAGUUUCCUGGCGAGAGCACUAAUUUGGAUACUUCUCAAAAUAUACACCUUUGUCUUCAUGGGCUACAGCCUUAUUCCUUUUGUUCUGCUGUCAUACUCACGCUACAUCAAAGUUUACAAGAGCGUCUACUUUAUUGGACACGUAACGUUCCUGUCAUAUCCACUCGUUGCGCCGUUCGUAAAGAAAGCCUUGAGGCCCAAAAGAGAACGAGAGCACACAGAAUAAUGUCGUAUUCGCUCACCAAGUUCUCUAUACAAACUAGCUGGUAAUUAUCAAUUUUACUGUUCUAUCUACAGUAAUACUCGUCAAGACUGUCAACGUGUGUUUUUAUUUGUCCGAUCUAUUUGAUUUUUCUAUGCGUGUGCAAUUUUAUCACUGGACAAUAUAUCACUCGCCAAUUCAAAGAACUUAUAUAGGACGUUGAGUUUUAAAAGGAUAUUUUUACCGAUUGUUCGUUCAUUGGAUAAUUUCCAAAUUUCAAGAAAACAAAAGCCAAAAGUUCCAAUGCAGAUAGGUCACGAAAGAAAAGUUAAUGAUCAAAAGUGCGUCGACCAUUUGUUUGCACUUCUGGAUAUUAAUUUUGAACUUGAUGAUAAACGUGACUUAUUGCCCGAAAUAUUUAGAUUGAAUUUAUAACAAAUUAUUGUCGCAAAUAGUAAAGUAUACGAGGUUACAAUUCUACGUUGGUCAACGCAUUUUAAUGAUUGUGUGUGUUGAGUGACAGUAAAUUAUUUGUCGGGAAUGACUUGAUAAUGUAUAAAGCAAACGAUAGAUAAUAUAACCUUGCCGUGUAAACACAAGAAAAGCAGAUUCACUGGCAAUUGGUGUCAUUUUACUGUACAGCGAUUUUUAUAAAAUGAUUGUGUAAUUUUGAAGAAAAUUAUUUAGUUACUUGUAAGGCCGAAUAGAGAGUCACAUAGCGUAAUAUUACAUUUCUUCCACUAAAUGUUUUAAGAUUGUUGAAAAUUAGUCCUUGAAGGGAUUGCGCAUGAUUUUUUAAGCUAACGAGUGUACACUAUAUAACGUUUGAUAGUCAAGAGGCUGCAAAAAAAAUUGAAGGAAUUGAAAAAAAGAGAGCAGUUGGCGAAAAAAAUGGAAAAAUCGUCGCAUAAUUUAGUUUUGUAAGGCGCGUAUAUACAAAUCACAAGACCAUACGUCUGUAAUUUACUGUUAAAAAGGCUGUGGUAUUAAUCGAUUUAUCGAAGUACAUGUAGAAAUCCAAUAACUAUAAGUAUUUUUCUAAACGAUCAAAAAGAACACUUAUACAAGGAAUGCAAACCGUAUAUUGCGAAUCAAAAUAACAAUGUCGAAGAAAUACUGUUAAUUUGGUCAAUUAUACCUCGUGAAUGUUAUAUAUCUGCCGAAUCUUGCCAGUAAAACGAACAGUGGAAAAACCCGGUUCCUUCGAAUCGACGAGCUAUUUGUGAAACCUCGGAGCAUCGAGUCGCGAAGCGUUCUCGGAUCGAAAGACAACAAUGGCACGCGCGCGCGAAGAACGGGGAGAGCUUGGGA